AAUUUGUUUUUUGGCGUUGUGUUGGAUGACAUGGCCGGCAGGGAAGGUAAGCGCGCUUUUAUUUGCAUCUCUUCGUCUUCUGAAGAAGAAGAAGAAGACGACGACAGCGACCAAGUAGAAGACAGCGGCACAGAAGAAGAAGAAGAUGAUGGCGACGAUGAAGACGACGAAGGUGACGACUAUGAUGAUGAUCAAAUUGAGGAGGGCGAUGACGAGGCUCUCUCCAACAAAGUGAUCCGCUCUCUCAAAGAAGGGAGUGAUUUGGAUUCUUUAAAUCUCAAAGAGUGCAAAGCAUAUUUGCGGAGGAACGGCCUCAGAAUAUCUGGAACCAAAUCUGUUUGUAUACAAAGAAUCGAAGAGCACCAGAGAUUGAAAGAUGGAAAUGGUGAAGCACUUUACCCUAAAUCAUCCUUUGUAGUUAAUUGUACAGGUGAUGUCUGCAAGGGAGAUGUCGUACUCUUCACCCAGAAAGUUUAUGAGAAAUUUGAUAAAGUGACAAGGCACGGAAGGAUUCUAGGGAAGAGAACUGUUGCUGGCAGGGUUGUCAAAGAAAGCUAUGGUGCAGCCAAACAACAACAUACUUUUACGGUUGAAGUGCUGUGGAGCAGGGGAAUAAAGAAGCUGUGCCCUCUAUUUCCUUUGCUUGUGAAGGGUCGUAAUCUCUAUAGAUUGAGAACCUUUAGACAGCGCUGGAGUAAUGAAGCUGAAAGAUCAAAAGUGCUUGCUGAGAAGCACAGACGAGGUGAAGCAGCAAGACGUGUCAGAGCAAUGAAAAAAUCGAAGAAAUCAGCUGCAAAUGGAGGUGUGAAACGUCAGAAGCAAUCACAUUUUACCAGACCAAAUCAAAUUAGGAAAAACAAUGAAUCAGAAAAGGGAAAGCAUUUGGAUAGACUCCAAAAAAGGACAUCCCAUGGAUCUUUCUGUCAACAUCGAGCAGCCCUACCAUCAAAACAGCUGACUUUGCAACGAAGUGCAAUGAGUAAAGCCUCUCAAUGUUUUAGUAGGCAUCAGAAUCCAGCUUGCUUUAAUAUUGAUAGAGUUCCAGCUCUUCAUUCACAGGCUGUCCCUCAAAUACGUCUCCAAUCUCAACUAGAAUUUCAACACAGGAGUGCACCUUUCCAGUCUUUUAGUCAUGCCAUGAACUCGAAUUCAACCAUGUUGAGAUAUCCUGUAACAACUAAUGUUGAUACACUUAUUGCACCUGCCUCACAAUUUCAGAGGUUCAGUAACAGCAGUCAUAGCCACAAUGGUUAUGUACUUCCUGGCCACAAUCUUGGAAAUUGGGAUCAUUUACCAGGUGUGAAUUUUGGCAGGCGAUUUCAUCCCUAUAGUUCAGGAGCUGACACAAAUGGACAGAUGAGGAUGGGACAGAGAUGACGUGUGCACCUAUUCCAUUCCCAAUUUGUGGAAUAAGUUUCAACUCGCAGCAUUUCAUUCGGUAUCUCCUUUUCCUUUUGAUGAUGAUCUGUUCAUACCCACACUGCAAGUUUGAAGUUUGAAACUACGACUACAUCCUUUUGUGGACAUAAUCAUUAGGGAUUCACUAUGUAUAUAUGUCAAGAAUGUUUGUCAAAGUUCAAUCCAUAUUUGUUUUUAUAUAAAUAACUGGUACAGUUAUUUCAUUGAUGUAUAUAUGUACCUAUCUAUCUGUGCUCAGUUUUUUAAAUUAACCAGAAGUUCUGGCUUUGCCAUCAUGCUCAA